AUGAAGUUCCUCCGCUCAACCACCACCCUUCCCCUGCUGCUCCUCCUCAGCGGCACGCAGCAACACGUCACGGCCCUCGACCUCCCCAAGUACACGGACAUGGACACGGCGAAGCUCUUCGUGGGCAACUUCAACCGCGAGACCAAGGGGACGUGCGACCACGCCACGCAGCAGUGCCGGUCCAACUUCGUGCUCAUCGAGAACCAGCACGGCUACGUCAGGGGCCAGCCCGUGCUCCUCGAGCUGCACAGCGAGGUCAUGCCUUGCUACAGCCACAGUCCGUGCCCUCCCGGAGGCGGCAGCUGCAACCACCCCCACCCCGAGGCCCCCGAGGCAAACUGCUUCUAA